CAUCGUAAACACUACGACAAGAACAGUAAGAAAUACGUCUAUCUGUCCACUAUAUUUACCAAAGGUUACAGAAAGUUGCGACAUUUCUCUGUGAGGAAACUUGGAAACCAUUUGCGGGACAUUUUAGGCUCUGGAGGAUCUCACCAUUUGUAUUUUUAUAUAUAUUUUCUCUGUGAAUUACUGAACUUUGUUGUGUCAUUGUCUCAGCUUAUUGUUGUCAGUGGUUUAAUUGGAGGAAUUUCUUCAGCUAUUGAAGAUGUUACUAGCUCUGUCUCUGAAGAGGUUGAGGGAAAAGACCCUGUAUUAGCACUAAUAAAAUCAGCACCUUUCCCUAGAGCAGGAAAAUGCAUUAUAUACUCGCAUGGCGCAUCUGGUGGUGUGAUUAGAUUUGACAACUUGUGUCUUUUACCGGCAAAUGUCAGGAUUCAAGAAAUAUAUAUCGUUGUGUAUGUGUGGUUUUUAAUUCUCACAUUAUUGUCGUUCCUGGUUCUCCUGUACCGCCUGAUGACUAUACUUAUACCACCUUUUCGACUGGCAAUUUUACAGUUCAAUGUUCCUGGACUUCCGUGGUCCCAGGCUUCUGUUGUUAAUCGUACUGUAAGUGAUUGGUAUCUGAUACGGAGAUUGUUUCAAAACAUGGCCGAAGAUGAUUUCAGAGAUCUGCUCAAAAACAUAACGCUAGAAAAUGUGUUUGAAAUGAAAAGUUCUAACUGAGCUGCACUGAUAUCCAGACCUUCCUAAUGUUUGAAACGUAAUGAAAACUUCCUGGGCUAUAUCAGUAUCUCCAAACCUUUGAAGCAAAAGAUACCUAUACUGAAAAUG